AUGGACACCAACUCUGCAGCGUCGCGACUCUCCUUCGAUACGGGCGCUGGUGGCCAGUCACAGGCUGUGAGCGUCUCGGUCUCGGAUGGGAGUGCCGCGCCGGCGUCUCUCCUGCUGCCGGUGCCUGUCGAGGCGGCACAGAGCGGCUCGGCCACGCUCGGCGACGAUCACUUCGCAUUCAAGCUGCAGACGGCGUCACACUCGGAAAGAGGCACAUCAGACGCUCUGCUCUCUGCGCCGCUGUCAGCCGAGGUGCUGCAGCGCAGGCUGCCUUCGCACUUUGCGUGUGACGCCUGUCAAGAAGUCAUCAUCGAUUCGAGCGGCACCAAGACGUAUCGUGCGCUACCGUCGCAGCAUUGGGAGGAGCUCAUCGACGCGUGGAUGUGCCACGACGACCAGGAGAUCAACGUCAGCGUCACGCGCGGGCGCGAAGGCAUGGAAGAGGGCCGCAGGAUCGCCGAUGGCGACGCGUGGGUCGCUGAUGCGCUGAUCGCCUGGCCUGGCGCGUGCGCGUCGGCGGGCAGCUUGCGUAUGGAGUCGCGGCCGACAUCCAGCGAUGCCUCGCAGCCUCUCUGGGACCUGCACUGCGCUGCGUGCGGCGUCGCGCUCGGCUACGCAGCGCCAAACCUCGAGCUCGGGCAGCCGUCGUCGCCGGAACCGCCGGCGCUGCAAGACGCCUCCGUCCGCCUGCACAAGAGAGCGCUCCUGCCGAUCACCGAGUCUGUCGCGACUGCGUGCCCAUCGCUGUUUCCCAUCCUGGCCGCCAACGAGCUCUAUCAGCUCUCGCAAGCACACGCCGCGCGCCACUUCGUCGUCGAGGAGGAGGACACCGGCCGUCCUCGAGCCAUGCUCUGGCUCUUCCUCGCCUCGUGCCAGCUGUCGCUGUCUCCAACCCCACGCCUGUCGCGCAUCCUGCACGCCAGCUCUCCGGACGAGAGCGGCCAUGUCGUCCUGACGGCGUCCAAGGUCUUCUUCCGCGACCUCACUGCCGACGAGGUCGCCGAGCAUCACGAGCAGCGGCAGCAGGGCAGCGUCGGCGGCGCCACGGCCGUGCCGUGGUCGAUGCCCGCCGCCGUCGAGCGCCUCACAUACCCGGCGCGCAGCUGCGCGGCGCUGCUCGAGGCGCUCGCCGCCGCCAAUGCCUGUUACCCACCCUCUCGCCGCUGCUUCGGGCCGUGGAGCGUCUCGUUCCUCGAGGCCGUCAGUCCCGCGUGGACCUGA